AUGGAUGUUCUCAACUCUGCUGCUCCUCCGGACUGUGGUCGAAGAAUCAUUCCAAAAAUCAUCGAUGACAUUGCAUCUAGUGACCCUCAACGUACACUCAUCGCAGUAUGCAAGUCUUCUCGUAUAGAGGAUGGAUUUGUGAACAUCAGCUACAGUGCUUUUGCUAGAGCUGUCAACCGCUGUUCUUGGUGGAUGGAAAGCGAGCUCGGCCGGAGCAAGACAUCUAAGACGGUGCUCUAUUUUGGUCCUUUGGAUUAUCGAUACUACAUCGUAUUGCUCGCAGCUACUAAGACAGGUCAUGUGGCGUUCCUAAGCUCCCAUCGAAAUAGCCUCGAGGCGAAUCUUUCCCUCCUAGACUCAACGCACUGUCAGACCAUGUUACUUGCGACUGGAGCACCAGCGAUGGCUCGGGAAGUACUCGCCGUCCGGCCCUUACAACUCCUCUUGGUACCCGAGAUAGACUACUUUAUGGAUGAUGGCACGGAUGUGGAGAUCUACCAAUGGCAAGGAGCCUUUGACGAGGUGAAGGAUAAAAUCUUCCUGAUCCUUCACACCUCAGGCUCUACCGGUCUUCCGAAGCCUGUCUUCGUCACACAUGGGGUCUUUGCUAGCAAUGAUGCCCACCAACUAAUUCCUUCUCUCGGAGGAUCUCCUACUGUGAUCAAUUUCCUGGCAGGGAAGAGAAUUUUAGUAGCCUUCCCUCCUUUCCAUGCUGCCAAUCUAUUUCUCACAAUGGGCUAUAACGUCUUUUCUGACAUUACAUGCGUCUUGCCACCGCCCGGCCCACCUACUGCGGAUGUGAUCAAUGCAAUCCACCUGUAUGGCGACGUUGAUGGCAGCAUUCUACCACCAUCUACAAUUAUCGACAUCUUCAACACCUCUGAGUACUUAUUGAAUAUGACUACGAAAUUGGAGUUUGUGGCCUACGUGGGUGGAGUCCUAUCAAAGGAAGUUGGUGACUCUAUAUCCUCAAAGAUGAAACUUCUGACGCUGGUGGGAGCAACGGAGCUUGGAUAUCUUCCGGUGAAAGUUACCGAUAAAGCUACGGCCUGGCAAUAUCUCCCUCUCAGUCCGUUCCUAGGUCACGAGUACCGCCAGUCUCGGGACGGCUUGAGUGAACUAGUCAUCGUACGGAAUUCUGGACUUGAAUUGUUCCAAGGGGUUUUCUCAGUCUUUCCGAACCUCGAUGAAUACGCUACAAGCGAUCUUUAUGAGCUUGACCCUACCGACCCGGGAAAUCCCGACUCUUGGUUUUUUUCGAGCAAGGAACGACGACAUCAUCGCCUUUAG